AUGGUCUGCACAUCAUCCGCAUGCGGCGCUCAGAGUCAAGGAAAGGCUCCGAACACGGUAGCUCGCAAUGGCACAUUGCCAAUCAAUUACCCCGCCGUGAAAAGCACUCCGAUGACGGGAGUCAGGUGCCCCACCUGCGCUGCCAAUGGGCAAGAGAGCUGGGUUAUCCCCGGACGAGCAUGCGGCUAUUGCGGAACAGGCUGCUAG